AUGGUUUUCAUGAAAUCUGUUGAUGCAUCGGAUAUUGUUAAUGAUGCUCAAAAUCUUUGCAACUUAUUCAUGGAUAUGGUUGCUUUUGCUAGUGCAGACAAUGUUGUCCACUUGUCUCCUUGUGCUACCCAUUGCUUAAAUUUGAUUUUAUCAGAUAUUGGCAAAAUAGAGAUUGUUAGUAGCUUAGCAACACGUGCAUCCAUGGUUUCAAAAUUCAUUUACAACCAUGUCUUUUUGCUAGCUUGGUUAAAGAAAAGAGAAGGUUGGACAGAAAUCAUCCGGUCUGGUGCAACACGGUUUGCCACUACUUUUAUUGCCUUGAAAAGUAUCUAUGAGCAUAAGCAUGAUAUUCAAGCUUUGAUAACAAGCAAGACAGUUGUAGAAUCUAGAUACUACUCAAAGGCAAAGGAUGUAACAAUGAUUGUAUUGGACAAUCAGUUCUGGACUAAUUGUAAAAUUGUUGUUGAAAUUGUAAAACCACUUGUGAGAUUGUUGAGAAUUGUUGAUUCUGAUGACCGGCCUUCACUUAGCUAUAUUUAUGAUGGCAUGUACAGAGCAAAAAGAGCUAUAAAGAAUACUUUCAGGCACAAAAAAUCCUUGUACAAGCCUUACACAAGUAUUAUUAAGAGAAGGUGGGAUUCUCAACUUCGACAAAAUCUUAAUGCAGCAGCAUAUCUCUUCAAUCCUGCUUUCCUUUAUGAUAAGAAAUUUUUUUUAGAAAGCCAGAGAGUUGCUAACAAGAAAAAAGCUUUGAACCCUGUUGAUUAUGAAAGUAUUGAUCAGAUUGAUUAUUCAGUAAUGGAAGAAGAUGAUUGUUCUUUGCUCAAUAUUGACGAUAUAGAACGAGAUCUCAUUGAUGAUGACACAGUGCUACCAAAAGCUAUCAUUCAUCAAGAGGAUGAGGAAGAUAAUGAGCAAAGAGGCAACGUGGCACAUGGUGAAGCUAUUGGUGGACUUGAUUUACAAUUAUUUUCUCAAGAGGAUGUUAAUAGCUUUAGUGAAGAUAUUGAUGCCUUUGAGCCUGCACAUGCUUGGAUUAACCAAGAUCCCCCAAUAUUUGAUAAGCCAUGA